AAUUCAGAUAAAUAACAUAACAAAAGGGUCGACUGAAGUGAAAAAAUCUGACAGCUCUUAAACAUAAUGGUUGGAAUCGAGGGACUUUUCCUGAUUAUUUGUGUCAUGGCAAACACCACUGAACCGACGACGGUUAAAUCUCACUUGGAAACUCAUUCAACAAGUCACAUAAGACCAAAUGACAUCAAUGCUACGGUAAAUCAUCUACCACGACAUCCUCCUCAACGAAAUUCCGUGCCCCUCCUGUUCUUGCCUGGCGGCUCAAACGAAACUAACCUCAAUUUCGAUGGUCCGUGGGAGAGUGAAAUCAGAAUGAAGAUUGAAAAUUCUCUUGAUCAAUCAAAAGCUAUUAUUAAUAAAUCUCGUAUGGAGCUGGAUAGUAGUAAAUUGUACGACAAAAUUUCGAAUAUUAACCUAAACUUUGAAACUGAGACUUGCGGAGCGGCCGACGACAUCGUCCAGAGCACAGACAGAAUUAAAUGGUCCCAGCGCAAAGGCGUCCCCGAUGAUAGCCUCUUGUGGCCGAAGAAUUCAGACGGUGUGCCGACGGUCUUUUAUUCAUUUCAGGACUCUCCAGUAUCAUCUGACACCAUUCUGACUGCCAUCGCUCAUUACGAGGAACACACGUGCAUUAGAUUUCAAAGAGCUCCAUGGCUCUAUUUUGGCUACAAGAUCUUCUUCGGGAAUGGCAACGGCUGCUCUUCUCCCAUCGGACGGCAGACAUUCUUCCUUUACUGGCUCUUCGGCCAGCAAGUGACUUUAGGCAGCACCUGUUACGAAUUCAGCACUGUGGUGCAUGAGAUUGGCCACUCGCUCGGUGUUCAUCACUCGAGUUUUGGUUGGCAGUUCAGCACUGUGGUGCAUGAAAUUGGCCACUCGCUGGGCGUUCAUCACGAACACUCGCGCACUGGUCGUGAUGCCGCCAUCCGAGCGCUGUACGAUAAUGGGCUAACAGAAGAACUCAGUAACUUCCAGGUCUACGAAACUAGGAAUUUCAACACCGAAUAUGAUUAUUACUCCGUUAUGCACUAUGGACCGAUGACGUUUUCAAAGAACGGGGAGAGCACACUAGCUCCUACCAACCCAAUGGCCAAAGGCUUGAUGGUCCUGCCUCGGUCAGGCCUCUCCUUCAUGGACAAGUUGCUCUUCAAUGCGAUGUAUGGAUGCACUGGACUCUGGCUCUUACAGUGCCAGCUGACAGAGACUCCCUAUGCUUUAAUAUCAGAGUUGCUUCCUGACAACGAAGACCUGACGGCUGCUACCCGCCUCUCGUCGCCAGGCUACCCGCGUCCCCGUAACAGAAGCGAGAUCUUCACGAAGAGGUUCACGGCGGGACCCUGUGAGCGCGUCGUGCUCACGGUUGUCGACUUCCAGCUCGAGUUUCGAAAUUCCUUGAACCGCUGCGCUGUAGAAGGCGUCGAGAUAAGCCUCGGUGACCCAGUCUCCAGCGGCAAGUGGUACUGUGCCAACGAAUUAAAAGCAGGCCAGGUGCUCAAGACCUCGGGUAAUUCGCUCGUGGUCUUCUACGCCAAGCAGUAUAAAGAAGGUUUCUCGAACAAGGGCUUUGACUUUAAAGUCGACUUUGAGAAAAUUCAAAAUUGCGUAUUGUAG